AUGGGUUAUUUAUCAUAUAUUUACACUCUUUUCUUUGUUUUACUCUAUUCUCAUGCUAUUAAACAGAUUAACUCUGCCAACUUAUCACAGCCAUUAUGCACUGAUCAUGAAAGACUGGCAUUACUGCAGUUCAGGCAGAGUUUCCUUAUAAACUGUGCUGUUUCUAAGUCUUUAUCUCCAUAUCCAAAGAUGAAAUCAUGGUCAAGUGAGCCAACUGCGGAUUGCUGUCAGUGGGAUGGUGUUGAUUGCGAGGCGAAGACAGGUCGUGUGAUUGGGCUCGACCUCAGUAGCAGCUGUAUUUAUGGAACAUUCCCUAAGAACAACACCCUUUUCGUUCUUACCCAUCUUAAAAAGCUUAACCUUGCUUUUAAUGAUUUCAACUAUUCUGGCAUCCCCUCUGAAAUCGGCCAUUUUAACAAAUUACAAACUCUGAACCUCUCAUAUUCAUCAUUUAGUGGCCACAUUCCAUCAGAACUCUCGAAAUUAUCAGAGCUUUAUAUGCUCGAUCUUUCUAAUAAUGGCGGUUCUUUAGCUGAUACACAACUUGACCUUAAACUUCAAGGUGCAGGUUUGGAGAAGUUACUCCUAAAUGUAACUCGUAUACAGAAACUUUAUCUUGACAGAGUUGAUUUGUCCUCUCCUGUGCCAAACAUCCUCUCAAAUCGAACAUCUCUAAAAGGUAUUUCCCUCCAAUAUUGUAAUUUGUAUGGUGAACUACCAACAAGUGUGUUUACAUUGCCACGGCUUGAAAUUCUUUAUUUAAGUGGCAACAAAGAUCUUUCAGGAGUCUUGCCUGAGUUUCACUCGAAUAGCCCUCUUAGGGAACUAUAUCUUUUCGGCACAUCUUUUUCCGGAGAAGUUCCAACUUCGAUAGGAAACCUCGCUCAUUUAGAGCAACUUGACCUAUGUAGCUGCCAUUUCUCUGGAUCACUUCCAUCCUCCCUUGCUAACAUGACAUCCCUCACUGUCUUACUCUUAAGUCGCAAUAAUUUCAAAGGCGGAGUCACCUUUUCUAUCACAAAUUUAACAAAACUAGAAGCAUUAGACUUUUCAAAUCUUGAAGUUAUGCCUAGAGAAUUAUUCUCCCAGUUGUCAAAGCUACACCAUCUCAGCUACUUACGCCUUGCUGAGAUGAAUCUAGCUACUGAGAUACCGUCUUUUAUUGCAAACUUCACAAAACUUACAUAUUUAGAUCUUGCAGCAUCCCAUGUAAUAGGUCCAUUUCCACAAUGGUUUGCUAAUCUAACGCAACUAAGACAAUUGUAUCUCGAGUAUAACCAAUUAGAGGGUCCGAUACCACAUUGGUUUACUCGGUUUACUAAUCUUGAAUCUCUAGAAUUGUCUUACAACAACUUGUAUGGCACCUUCGACGUAUUUCUUCAUUUGACAAAUCUUCAUAAUCUAGCUUUAUCUCGUCUUAAUCUGACAUUUCCUGUUGGUUAUAAGACGAAUUCAUCUCCUCCAAAGCUCGAGCUCUAA